AUGGCAAGAGUGAUUGAAUUAGGAAGUGAAUUAUUAAGAACUGAUCUAUUUUUAGAUAAUGAAAAUUAUUUAAAAAAAUUAAAAUUUUUAAAAGAAUUAAAAAGUGAAAAUGAAAUUGAAAUUCUUCAUAUUAAAGCAUUAGAAUCAUGGAGAGAAGGUAGAUAUAUUAAUGCUACUGAAAUAUGGGAAGAAUUAUUAAAAAUUGAUUCAUUAGAUGUAAUUGCACUUAAAUUUGCACAUGAUGCUUAUUUCUAUCUUGGUCAAUCUAAUAAUAUUUGUUCAAGUGUUGAAAAACAUUUAAAUAUUUAUGAACAAGAUGAUCAUGUACCUAUGGAAUUAUAUGGUUAUUUUAUGGGAAUGUUAGCAUUUGGAUUAGAAGAAGUACAUAGAUAUGAUGAAGGUAUGAAAGCAGCAAUUAAAGCUAUUGAAAUUAAUCAAGAUGAUGCAUGGGCAUUACAUGCAAUUGUUCAUAUUAAUGAAAUGAGAGGUGAAAUUCAAAAAGGAAUUGAAUUUAUGAAAUUAGAAGAAAAUAAUUGGGCUAAUUGUCAAGCAUUAGCAUGUCAUAUGUGGUGGCAUUUCUGUUUAUAUUUAAUGGAUCAAGGAAAAAAGGAUGAAAUUUUAAAAAUUUAUGAUGAAAAGAUUUCAAUUUUCAUCGAGUCAAUUACUCCAUUAGAUUUAGUUGAUGCUUCUGCUUUAUUAUUUAGAUUAUAUUUAGAAGGUAUGAUUGAAAAGAAUGAUAAUAGAUGGGAAAAGGUUAGAAAUCAAUGGAAAAAUAUUAUUCAUAGUCAUGCUUUAUCUUUUAAUGAUGCUCAUAUUACAAUGGUAUUUAAUAAUAGAUUAAUUCAUGAAGAAAUUAUUAAUUCACAUAUUCAAUCAUUGGAAAAUUAUACAAAUUCCAAAUCUAAUGAUGUUAAUCAUACUUGUGCUCUUGUUCAUCAACAAGUUGGUAUUCCAAUUUGUAAGGCAAUUAAUGCUUUUAAUGAUUCUAAAUUUGAUGAAACUAUUCAAUUACUCAAAGAUGUCAUUCUCCCUGGAAAGACUCAUUUAAUUGGUGGAUCUAAUGCUCAAAGAGAUGUAUUUGAACUUUUAUUCCUUCAUGCCAUUUUCAAUUCACCAAACAAGGAAAAUCAUCCAAUUGCCAAGUCAUUGCUGGAUAAGAGACUUGAAAAGAAGCCACACAGUGGUCAAAAUCAAAGACUUGUUCAAAGAUUUGAAAAUGCUACUACUAAACAAUAA